CAUCGAGGAACACUUCACUCACUUUCAUAUUGAUGGGGUAGCAAGUUCAAUAUCUUCAGCAGAAGACAACAGAGAGGAAAAAACAAACAAGAGGAACAAUCCAGAGAGCACUUCUGAAAAUGAACCAAGCUGCCGACACAACGCUGGUUUACAGUGCCCCAGAGAGCAUGAUGGCUGUGCUCCAGGAACAGGCUGGGAAAUGUACCCACGAUGAAACUCUGCAGUACUUUCUCUUCCUUCUUUCCAAAGUGAUUCUGAACACACUCAUCUUAUCCUUCUGGUUGAGGAGCAUUCCGAAGACACUCCUUGGUGUUUGCAGCAUCUCGAUAUACCUGGCAGAUCUGCUGUUGAUCUGCUCCAUCUUCUGGGCAUGGUGGUUCCAGCAGAGCCAGGGCACCUAUGAAGUCAUGUGCUUCAGUCUUUCACACAGCUCCACUGUUUACUCCCUGCUCCCUUUGCCUGUCCUUCUGGCAGGAGCCUUAGACUGUGUUAUCCAUCAGCAUGUGGCCUUUGCUCAGAAGUCAUUAUGCAGGACUGUUGUCCACUGCGUGGUAGUGCUGCUGCUGUGGACGCUGGCUUGCUUUUACUCGUCCCGCUACACAAACACAGAGCUGCAAACCAUUCAGUACAAAGAAGGGUUCAAGGCUCUUGCAUGUUCUGUACAAAGAUCUGCAGCAGUCAGUCAGUUCAAUUUAAAUCUACUCAUCAUUGUAGGCUUCCUACUUCUGUUACACUGCAGAAAGCUCCCACACUGGGUUCGCCUGGCUAGAAAACUGGAAAAGCAAGAGACUGGCUCACUUUAUAUGAGCGACCUAGCCUUUUCUAGGGAUCUGGAAAAGCUUGAAUGGGGAGCUGUUGGGGAAACGCACAUGGAUAAGCAGCAGGAUCGUCCUCCUCUCAUCAUCAGCCUGGUUCUGUGUUUUGCACAGAGCUGGAUACCUUACCUGUUUAUGAGCGUGGCCUGUGAGCUCCUGGGAUUUGUGCUGCCGGCUUAUGCGAGUGUCAAUCUCCUUUGGACUGCCUGUGCUAACAGCUUAUUGGAGGGCGUAGCUUUCUGGUACAGAAGCAACAAGCAUGGACCUUGCUGCACACUGCCAGAUGACAUCUGUCCAUGGGGUUUCUACUGGUAUUUGAGUAAGGAAAACGGCCAGUUUACAGCCAGUACGAAACUCCAUGAAGAACAAGCUUGAGGAGCCAAUUCUCCAGAUACAACAAUAACUAUUACCAAUGAAGAUACCUUUUUAAAGGCUUCUUGUAUACAAAGACAAAUGGGCUAGAUCAUACACUGAACAAUAUGGACAAAAAUGUGUGGCUGUGACUAAAUUCUUGCCAAAAAAUAAAUAAAUAAAUUAUAUGCGCAGAAGCAUACAUAGAAAAAUACAAUUUUGGGCAGAAAUGGUAUUUUUCUAUAGGAGUGUUCACACGGCACAUAUUUGCAUCAAUGCUGCACCGAUGUAUUUUGUUGUGAUAUAUCUUACACCGGUGUAAAUUUUGUGGAGCGUUCACACGUCACAAACCUGCUUACUAGAGAGAAGCAUGUUAGCACCGGUGCAGCCCCACUUACGUUCACACGGCAGUUUUUGCGACCGUGCUAUACGAUAGUAAUAAUGCGGAAAUGAAAUAUGUGCAUGCGUGAAAAUGUACUUCCUUUUCCCGGUUGUCAUGGCAUCACCAGGCGCCGGGAAAACAACGUGGAUGAAGACACCAGUGUUGCCAGAUACUGCUGACGUUUUCCAGCCCAAAAUAUGUUCAAAUCCGCCAAAAUGCACUUAAAACCGCCCAAUCUGGCAACACUGGAAGACACGCAGUUCUGUUGUUGUUGAUAUUCGCCAUUUUGGAAGCGCAAAAUACCAGGAUGCAAAUUAUGCAAUGCCCGUAUGUAAUCAACUCUCCUCACGCGUAGCGAGUCUACCCCUGUAGCGUUCAGACGUCCCAUUUUAUAUCGGUGCUGCCCCGCAAACUAGCAUUUACUCCGGAGUAAAUUUCUUAAACCACCUCCCGAGCAGGGUUAGAUUUGCACCGGUUUAAGCAGCUUUCAGGGGCUACACUGGUAUAACUUUGUACCGUGUGAACGCUCUACUGGGGCAGCCCCGGUGCUACACCGGAGUAAAAGUUGCCGUGUGAACACCCCUUAUGUAUACUUUGGCACUUUAAUAAAAUACCAAUUCACUACAAGCAUAAAAAAAAAAAACCUGUAGGAAUGUGCUUAAAACAGAGUGUGUGAAUUUGAUAUCUAGACCUAAAUUUCUCAAUAAAUGUUACAUAAAUACAUAUAUGUGAGAUAUUAAUAUAUAAAUGUACUUCGCUGUAUCCCAAUUCUUGCUUUUUUAUUGAAAAUACAUUCCCAACAAUUACUGUUACUUCAUCAAGUACAAUAUACUUUCAAAUUUAUAUUUUUAACCAAAAAACACCCACAAAACACUACAGUAACUGUAGCAUUAACCCUCUGGUGUCUGAGGGUAUUUUCUGUCACUCUAAUGAUUUUGCCAUGCUCUGAUUUUAUCAUCAAUUUCAACGAAUCUACUCAGUAUUUUCAGUCAUAUGACUUUUUUGUAUUCAGCACAAGUUCAGCUACAAUAAUAUCUAUGUAGUAUGUGUGUCAUGAUUGUACUUAAAAAAAACAACAACAAAUGAAGAUGUUGUAAAAAGCAGUUUUAGAACUGUGUUGGAAUGUGUGAAAAAAAACCACGACCUUACCCAUUGUGACAAACUGUUUUGGUCACUUGAGGUGAUUCUGUUCAGUCUUCGGAAUGGAUCAAGCACAAAAACUUAAAUCUGCUCCAUUGAUUUGGACAAUUAACUGGCCAUCAAAAAACAUAUGUCCUAUUGUUUUGGGAUUAAGGGUUGGCAGUGAGGGGGGUAUUCAAUGAGAAGGGUAAAAAAUUUCCACUCUAUUCAAUGAGAAGAGUGAAAAAUUCCAUUCCAUUCAGUGAGAAGCGUGACCCCCGCCAUCUCUUAAUCCCAUCAGAUUAACUCUUAAUCCCAUCAGGUCAAGUCACAAUGGGUAAGGCAAUGUUUUUACACAUUCCAACACAGUUCUAAAACUGCUUUUUACAACAGCUUCAUUUAUCUGGUAUUUGACUUUAUUUUGGUAUUUGACUCCAUUCAAUGUGUCUUGAAAUUAACUCUUGUACCAUUUUACUGAGUUCAGAGCCACAACCAACUCUGUUACACAAUUACUCUGUAAUUUUGCUCCCAUUCCAACUCCAAAUUUUACUCUCCAAACUCAAAAUAGAGCAAAAUUAAUCAUUUUUGAGGAAAAUACUUUUAACUCUGGAAAAAUUGCUCAGUCAUUUUUCCUGCGUAUGCACUACAGUGCAUACACAUCAACCGAUCUGCUCAUAAUAAAUAGAGUCUUCUAUUUAAGAUUAAAUGUGAUGUUCGGCUGGAUCGAGUCGAAGUUUAAAAAAAAAAAUUUUUUUGAAUUAAAUCGCCAUCCUAAAUCAUCCGAAGCACAUAAAAUCUACAUGCCAACUCGCAACAAGUUUUACCUCCAAAUAGCCUAAACUUUGGCUGACAGUUCCCACCGCGAAAGAGAAACCAAUGGAAAUCGAAAGAGUGAAAGUGAUUAUCAUGCCGUUACCAUGUGAAUAGUCUUUUAUGAAUGCGUAAGUGGGAACUCAGCGCUCCGACUCUGGUGUGACUGAGGAAGGGGACAAGUUUUAUGUUAUCUAAUUUCGGUAAUUUAAAAACUAUAUUAUUAUUUGGCAGUGGGCAUAUAGGAACGUGUAAAGUAUAAAGUUUGUCAAUAUGUUUAUUAUGCUUGUAUGAUUAAAAAAAAAAAAACCUUGAAGAUAUUCAUCUACUUGCAUGACCUACUCAUUCUAAACCUGUCAAGCUUCUUGGGCAAAACCUUCAACCUCAGAGGGUUAAUACUUUAAAGGAACAGUCCACCGUACUUCCAUAAUGAAA